GUGUUCGUUGUUCAGCGACCGGAUGCCGAAGCGGUGGAGGGACGUACGUGCCUUGAAGGAGACAGUCAAUGUGUCACGAGGUAGCAAGACGGUGUUGUGUUCGCCUCGCCGCUGCCACUCCUGCUGAGCUGUCACUUGGCACAUCUCCUUGGUGAUCUUCAAGAUUUUGUUUGUGUGGUUUUGGAGACGUUUCCAUCAAAGGACACGCGGCGCCACCACCUCACGCCAGCAUGGCUGCCGCUUGGCCCCGACCGAUGGUGGUGCUGCUGCUGGCCCUCCUGGCGGCCGCCGCAGGCCUGCUACACCCCGUCGACACUCAGGCCCUGCAGUGUCACGGCGUCCGGGAAGUAGGAAAAGACAAUCGGGGCGUCUUCCCCUUGGACGAGCAGGCAACCAAAAGCAUCCGAUUUAGCUUCCCCGUGGGGAAGACCUGGAAAGCGACCUUUGACUUGGGAGAAGGAUCUGCUGAAAAUUAUCAGAGUCGCUUUCUCUUGAAUAUCGCCAAGACUUCAAACGCACAGCUGGCCAGGCUAAAAGUAACCACAUCAGGAUCGGGAACGAAGUUUCUCCUUAACACCAGGGUGGACAGCAGUUGGCUAGAGGGCGAAGGUCAGGCAACGCUGUUCUUUGGGGAGUCAACACUCAACAUCGCCUUCAUCAACGGCGAUAGCAAGUUCCUCAUGCAGCUAUCAGUGCCAGAGCUGGCGGGACUCAGUGCCGUGCAAGUGCAUGAACUCGAGCAGGUGGAGGAGUGUGAGGGUCCAGGAAGUGUCCCAGACACGAUAGCCAUGACCACUGCUAAGACGACUACCACCACCACGACCACCACCGAGCCUACAACCACCACCACCACCACCACCGAGCCUACCACCACCACCACCGAGCCUACUACUACUACUCCCGUUGCUGAAACAUCUACCACUACUCCUGUAAGUGCAGAAUCUUCCCCCUUGACCACUGAAGCCACUUACAAUGCCACCACCUCAGAGGAUGGCCUUACCCCGGCCUGUGUGCCCACUGGAAACAACGUGACUGUUGCGUGUCCCACUCCCUCCAACGACUCAGUGCCAGCUGUGGGGGUCACGCAGUGUGAGGCCGUGCCUCGGUGGGCGUGGGCGUGCGCGGGGCUGGCAGUCGUGUUCUUCGUCUUCAUUGUGGGACUCAUCAUCUACUCCAUAACCCUCUACAAGCGUAGCUUUAGACUUGGUAAAGGCAUGCAGGCCUCGGGAGGGUUCGGGAUGACGGCCCAGGACAUGCACUACUACGAGAUGAGAAACAAUAACCUGUCGAUUGGAAACACAGUCCCGCGCAUCGUGACGCCCCGUCCUUCGUCCACUCCCGGAAUAACGCCGAGUCACAGCACCAGCCGUUUGUCCCACAGCCUCUCUCCUUCUCGCUCUACUACGCCUUUCCCAUUUCUUCAUCAAAACACUGACCUGGACGACUCUAAGAACACCGCCACAGAACCGAAGGAUAAAUCUAGAAGCUCUAAAGUAUCCUUUGCCGAGGACUGAGGUCGUAUCGUAAUUUACAUUGGUAAAGCUAUAUAUGCUCUGUGAGCAACAUUUGCCGGCGUGUUGCUUGUGCUAAUACAGCUGCCUUAGCAGCUCUCUUGCUCAGAUAUAUGCUAAUAUCACAACAUAGGUUAAUCUGAAAUCAUGUGUUCCCGUGAUUUUAAUUGACCAUAACAUUGCAACAAACAGUUGCCCCUCUGCAUUUGAGAUCACGUAACCAGUCUAGAAGAAGAUGUUGAAAAUACUUUACGCUUAAGAAUACUUGUCGGUUCAUAUAAACGUAUUAUACAAUAUUACACAAAUUUCUUCGUGUGGCAUCGUCAUCGAUUAAGUUACCAGACCCAAGGAUGUGACGGGCUCGGCCAAGAAAAC